AUGUUUCUGUCUCCGGAUCGCGACCUGUCGCCCGGAUCGCCCGAUCUCGGAGGACACACCCCAGCGGUCCCCGAUCGGCAUGGGUCUCCGCGCCAUCUAGGCCCAACCGGAUCGCCUACAAUCCCCACGGGAUCGCCGGAUCGACAGCCGACCAGACCCUCGUCUCCAUCCCGAGACUUGCCAUCUAGAUCGCCGGAUCGCGGGUGGUAUGCUCCUAUCGUCCCAGAUCAACAUGAGUCUCUCAGUAAUCCCAGAUCGGUCGGAUCGCUCUCGACCGACGCGGAAUUAUCAGAUCGUUCUUCCGAGCCAUUCCCGCUUCCCACUCCUCCGGCGGCCCCAGAUGCGUCCAGAUCCGACAUCCCGGCCGCUAAUGAAUCUCGUGAAAGGUCUGCUCCAGCUGUGGGCAUCACCGACUUCGUUUCCAGAGUCUCUGCCGACGACGUUCGUCUCACGAUGGCCACGAUCUCGUAUUUGUGGGAUCGAGAGGCUACCUUCUGCAGCCAAGCCGACACCAUUCAUGCGCUCCAGCAAUCCUACCGAGAUGCCGUCGUCCGGGGGGAUCGCUUACAAGACGAGCUUGAUUCGCUAUACAGAUCAGCCGCUCCUUUUGUCUCCUUCGUCCAGCUUCGAUAUGACUGGAUGCAGGGCCGCUACGUCGACGCAGUGCAUUCUUUGAGUGAUUGCAAUCGAGCUCUGCGGACAUAUCGAGAUCAAUCGGAGGAGAUUCGUCGGCUACGCACUUUGAUAUGUGCCAACGACGAGGCUCAGGGGAACUUGGAACGACAGGUGGAUGCUUUGAGGGCUCAGCUUCAUUCGCUCCAAGCCGAACUCAAUUCUCUCCGACAGCAGCGUGAUCAGCUGACCAUGGACAAAUCCUUCCUUCACAUAGAUUUUUUGCACUUGAAGGAGCAAUUGGCUCAGUCUCAGGAGGAGAUCGCAGAUGGACUGUCUUCGAUCAGCGAUCUCAUGCAACAAGUGGAUGGUUCGACUCCCCUAGAGGGUCAGUUGGCACUUUCGCAGGCGGAGAACGCCAACCUACGUCGUCAGCUUGCGGAACACCUCGAGAUAUACGACCAGUUGCAGGUGGUGGAGCAUGAUCGGGAUCAGGCUAUAGCUGAACACCGAGCUCUCCUUGACACACUGAACAGUGCUAUACUCGGAUCCCGGUCGUCUGCGUUGAUCGCUCGAUCGACGCCUAAGAGUGCUACUCCGGUCGGAUCGCCCCCUGCUCCCACUACCCCGGGAUCGAGAUCGAUUGCCCGUAGGUCCAGAUCGAGAUCGUCCGGCCCGCCUGCCAAGCGUCGGCGUAUUCAACCAAUGUCAAAAUCCAGUGAUUCUUCCACCGCCCGUGUGGCUUCCCGGCUAUUGUCGUUGAACCCUUCAAUACCUUUGAACAAACUUCCCUGA